AUGCGGAUUCCGUGGGCAAUCUUCUUCUCCUUUUUCGGCAUGCGCAGACCCGGACAGCAGGACGACAGCGGCGAACCGGUGCUCGAUUUGGAUCAGAUUGGGCUCCCUGGGGUUGCAGAGCACGACAUAUCCCUUACACGUCGCGACGUUGCCCAAGGCGAUCAUCUGAAGGCACAGCCGGAUUUGGUCGAGGGGCUACUGGCAUCCUCCCCAGAUGGCGGGAAAACAAUGACAGAGGAGGAGUUCGCCUUUCUGCGUAAGCGUCGGAUGGAUGCGCAGAAGCAAGACAACCCAGGGCUCUUGUACGGACCGUUGCAGCAUCGCAUUAGCUGUGCUGAGAUUGCGCUUGUGCUCUGUGUUUUUGGAGACGACACCAAAGUUCCGUGGGAAUAUGUGCGUGCUUUGUUUGCCGAGAGAUUGCCAAUCAAGGAAGGAUGGAAGCCACGCCGCUGGUGGCGCUCGCUAGGUUUGAUGGAGUUGUCGAGGACCUCAAACAGGGUUGCGCAGCUUAUCGGCGUGAAAGUUGAAUAA